AUGACCGAAAUUCGAAAGGAAGGGACAGGGAGAGCAUUGUUUGCCACAAAAGCAUACGCCUUUGGCGAUGAAAUACUGGCGGAAACGCCGUUGCUUGCAAUUCCUCGAGCAACCCCAUCGGGACUACCUGGAGUGUUGGAGACGCUAAAGACUGCCUUUGCUGAGGUUGCACCAGAAAAACAGGCGAUUGUGCUGGAUUUGUUCUGUCCGACAAUAGAAGAGCUGAAGAGAACUGGGACCCAUCUUACUCAGUUUGAGAUUCCGUGCGAGUAUGAAGAUGUGGCCAAUCAAGCAAAGAAGCUAUCCUGUACGAACGAAGAGGCCACCAACCUAGCAAGGCUGUUUUUCAUUUGGAAGUUUAAUGCAACUCAAUACCAAGGCACGAAGUCAGCCGUAUUCGAGGUGCAUGCUAGGAUCAAUCACAGCUGUUGCCCAAAUGCUAUAUUCCACGCAGGGGUGGUACGUGCUGUCCAACAAAUCGCUACUGGCGACUUGGUUACGAUUUCAUAUCUUGAAGGUCAAGACUUGCUUGCUUCAACACGCUUGCGUCGUCGAAAGCUGCAGCGUGCCUACUCAUUUCUCUGUAACUGCGGUAGAUGCGUACGAGCAGUCGACCUGAGUCGAACAAUGCUCUGUCCAGCCUGCAAUCGUUGCACCGCCGUUUGGGGGCUCUCACUCGAAGAGAACUCCAGCGAAGAAGUGGUCGCCUCUUGCAUUGCUUGCAAUACAGCGCAUAGGAAAUUAGAUUUGCCGCUUGACGAGGAGGAAAACCUAGAGAAGCAAGUGCAGAGUAUCUUGCUGUUGGGGGGUUCACCGGUGGAGAAAACUCAUGAUCUGCAAGCUCGCGUGCUGAAAAUCCUUGGCGGGGCACACUGGACGGCUGCUGCUCUCAUGGAGCUGCGCUACCGGAAGGAUCCAAUGGUCAACGGUUUCAUCGUGAUGCAAUGGGGAGAGGCGGAGGCCAGAUGGCGUAGGCUGGCAGUCGCAGAAAUUCCAUGGCUCUACUACAUGUCGAUCUUUGCAUUGGGAAAUGGCUGUAAGCCGCAUCUACAACGUCAACAGGGUCAGACCGUUUUUGCUCUAGCUGGAAGAAGGUAUUGGAAUGAAUGCUAUGAGUUCUGCAGGAAGUUUUGGGGAGAGGAGGACCAGGAUGUUCAAAACAUGGAAGCCAUGUUUGAAAGAUGCCGAACGAGACGCAGCCGACCAGAUGUUGUUGUCUGCACUUACAACAAAUGCGUUAAGGCUAUUGAUGAUCGCGUUGGCGGUGCCGGUCCAAACCUAAAAAGAUGUGCCGCCUGUGGACUUGCCCGAUACUGUGACAAAGCUUGCCAAAAAAGUGACUGGCAUGACCACCAGGAGGUUUGCAAGAAGGUCGGAGCACUAAAGGAUCUGGAGGCAGUCAAAGAAUGGCUGAACACUCACCCAACCCAUUUCGGAUGA